GUCUGGUAUCCCUAGAAUUGCCAUUUUCUCUUCUUUUUUAGGGGCAACAAUCAAAGAUUUGCUAACAAUGCAUUUCUUGCACUAACUUUGGUUAAAAUGUUUGUGUGCAGGUGUUACUUUUCUGACCAUUCCAUUUAUCAACAUUUGCUGAUAGGCUAUUGCAUUAGGAUUUGAUAUCCACCUGCUUUGUUUUGUUGCUUUGGUGUUGAAGUUUAGGAAAGGUUGUCAUAGCAGCACAAAUGCGUUGGCAACAAAGUAACACUGAAGUUCUGCAAGCAAUCUAAAGAAGUGGGCCUUUCUAAGUGAAAACAAAGGAACAUGCAUGUCUCCAUGUCAAAGUCUUCUAAAGGUCGCAAGAGAAACAAACUGGCUCAUUCCCAGAGUUCAGACUCGGCAGGCAUACACCCCUCGCCUAUGACACCGCGCCCUCCCUUGCACGAUCGCUGUAUGCGUUCACGCGGCAUACUUGUCAAGAGGAGCAGCCUGAGAACCACCAGUGACAUCCCAGAGCUGGUGGAGGCCAUAUCAGCCCCAGUGCUGACCCUUAACAAAUACAGGGUCCUGCCCUCCAUCGAGAAAAAUCCAGAAAGGGAGCCGAGUUUGAGGGGCAUGGAGGAGAAGACCUCCAAACUCAGUCUGUCAGACAACGUCCUGCUCCAGCUGCAGUGCCCGCAGCGAGAACAGCUCCUCUCCCCCAUCCAGACAUACGACGCCUCCAAGAGCAGCCCCGAAAUGAGUGUGCUGUCUGAGGUCCUGUGCAGGCCAGGCUCCCCGUUGGCCUACAUGGAGUCACCGGAGAACCCAGCAGAAGAGACGCCCCUUGACAAUCAGGGCAGUCUAACGCUCGCCAUCCGGACCCCAUGUGGGAUCAGGAUCGAACAUCGUUUCAACCCCGAUAACACCUUGCGGUCAGUCAUCGCUGCUGCAGAGGCCCGACAAGGGAGACGAUACAGACACAGCGUAGUUGAGACUAUGGACAUGCCCCGCAGAACCUUUACAGACCUUAACCUGACUCUAGCUCAGUGCGGCAUUCUCAACAGGUCGGUGCUGUGCAUCUCGUAUGUGGAUUUUGGGGAUGAUUGAUUCUUUUAUAUGUGAGAAUUCUCUUCAGAAGUCAUAGGCAUUAUUUUUGUAUUAGGUUUUUUAAAGAGAGAAAUUGUAUGUUAAGAAAAAUGCUUAAAUUAAUGAUAUAGGUUAUGUUAAAUGAUGAACAGUGAUCGCACUUAGUCUUUUGCAAGAACUUAUUUAAAAAAGAAAAAUCAGCUGAUACUCUACUGUACCUCUAGCUCAGUAAAAUUCUCCUGUUAUUGAUCAGUAACUUUGAGCUUUUUUGAAAUACAUGCGUUCAUCAUGUAGCAAUUAGAAAUUGUCUCAUUGCACACAUGUAUUGGUUUAUCAUUAAACAUGAUUUUCAGUA